AUGGAUCCUUCAAAAUUUCCUUUUGAUAUCGAAACUUACAAAAGACAGUCUGAAAUUGAAGAUAGGUAUAUCCUCAACUAUUUUAGUGAGCGCCGAAAGAAAAUAGAGGAAGAAUUUCCACCUCGCAUGAAGAGAAGAUACUUCAAGAGAGAUCAUGUAGCGGCAAAUCAAAGACUGGUUGACGAAUACUUUGCCAAUGCACCUACAUACGACGAUACAAUGUUUCGUCGGCGAUUCCAAAUGCGAAAACAUGUUUUCCUUCGCAUCGUUGGGGACCUAUCAAAUAGUGACGACUACUUCACCCAACGAUUUGACGCAGCCAAUAAAGAAAGUAUAUCUCCAUUAGCAAAAUGUACCACAACCAUGCGAAUGAUAGCAUAUGGUGUGGCGGCCGAUGCGGUGGAUGAGUACAUCAAAAUUGGAGGUACUACAGCUCUGGAGUGCUUGCGUAGAUUCUGUAAGGGAAUCAUAAAAUUGUACGAGCAAGAGUAUCUUAGAGCCCCAACUCAAGAGGACCUCCAGAGAAUUUUGCAUGUUAGUGAAAUGCGAGGAUUCCCAGGGAUGGUUGGGAGUAUUGAUUGCAUGCACUGGGAAUGGAAAAAUUAUCCUACAACGUGGGAAGGACAAUUUACACGGGGUGAUAAGGGAACAACCACUGUUAUUCUUGAAGCAGUCGCAUCACAAGAUCUAUGGAUCUGGCAUGCCUUUUUUGGAUGUCCAGGGACAUUGAACGAUAUAAACGUUCUAGAUUGUUUACCGGUGUUUGAUGAUGUUGAACAGGGAAAUACUCCAAGAGUUAACUUCUUGGUGAACCAACGUCCGUAUAAUAUGGCAUACUAUCUAGCUGACGAAGUUCAAGAGGGAUGUCGGAAGGACAUCGAACAUGCAUUUGGAGUGUUGCAGGCUCGAUUUAAAAUCAUUAGCAAACCAGCUCGCAUGUGGGACAUGGACGACCUAGCUAUCAUUAUGAGGUCAUGUAUCAUAUUGCAUAAUAUGAUUGUUGAGGAUGAACGUGAUACAUAUAUUUAACGGUGGAACGAUUAUGAUCAAUUUGAGGCAAGUGGGUCUACUACACUGCAGCCAUUCUCGACCGAGGUGCUACCUGCAUUUGCAAAUCAUGUACGUGCUAGAUCCGAAUUGCGUGAUUCAAGUGUGCAUCACGAAUUGCAAGCAGAUCUAGUCAAACAUAUAUGGGCAAAGUUUGGAAUGUCUCGUGAUUAAAAUGAUUUUUAAGUGUUUGAGUUGAGUCUAUUGUACUAGUUAUGUGUUUUAUUGGUUGUAUUGUGUGCUUCUUAUUGUAU